GCCCCGGCCUUGAGCACGCCCCGCCCCGCUCCCACGGCCUGACCGGUCUGAGCCGGCUGCUCUGUCCGCCUAGGCCCGCCUCGGGCCGCGCGCGCAGCUCUCGGGCCCGCGGCCGUGACGCCGUUGUGACGGGACCGUGACGCGGGCUCAGCCGCUCCCGAGCCGCACAGGCAGCUCUCCCGGCCCCUGGCAGCCUCGCCAUGGACGACUACGCUGUGCUGUCCGAUGCCGAGCUGGCCGCCGUGCUUCGCCAGUACAACAUCCCUCACGGGCCUGUCGUAGGCUCCACUCGCAAGCUGUAUGAGAAGAAGAUUUUUGAGUACGAGACGCAGAGGCGGCGGCUCUCGCCCCCCAGCGCCUCAGGGGCUUCAUACUCCUACCGCCUCUCGGCCUCGGACGACUCGGACAUGUAUGAUCUACCCAAGAAAGAGGAUGCAUUACUCUACCAGAGCAAAGGUUACAACGAUGAUUACUAUGAGGAGAGUUACCUGAGCACCAGGACCUACGGAGAGCCCGAGAGUGUGGGCACCGUCAAGGGCUUCCGCCAGCCCUGCGCCUCCAUGGCAGAUCCCGACUCAUUCAACUGCCAGGUGCGCGAGGACAGCCUCUUUUCUUUUGAGGACGGCAAGGACAGGGAACGCCAACUGUUCGGCCGUGACAGCCCCUACCAGAGCAUCGCACAUUACCGCCCAGUGUCCAGCAUUUCCAGAGGCUUGUCCUAUUUCCCAUCUUCCCCCAGCUCCCCAGUAUCAUCAUCCUCAGCAACCCCUUCAUGGCUCGCCCGCCGCGCUAUCCGGCCUGAAAAGCAGAGCCCAGGGGCUGGGCUGGGUCCAGGCCAGGUCCCACUGUGGGGCCAGUUGCUCCUGUUCAUGGUCUUUGCUGCCUUCCUGCUCUUUGUCUACUACUCCAUGCAGGCCGAGGAUGGGAACCCCUUCUGGACGGAGCCCUGAGGGCCUGGCUGUAUGGCGCACUGCCUUAGCUGUGUCGGUGGGGUGGGGGUGGGGGCUUUUCUGUGUGUUCUAGCUUGGGGGCGCUGAGCCCCCUGCCUUGUUCUGCUUGUCGUGCCUGGAAGGCCACAGACCCAGGCCCUGCCCCUCUGGAGCCUUCCCUGCUUGCCGCUACCGCUCAGGCCCAGGAGGGCAGUCCCUUCUGAGAGGAGCACGUGGUUGUCCUGCAUGCCUCCUGUGUGGUCACUCGUCGGGGGCUUCACCAGAGGCCACCCUGACUUUGUGUUUGUGGACACAAUAAAAAGACCGUUUAUUUUUA